AUGGUAAGAACAAACGAGUGGAUGGAGCAACUCGUUCCCCCACCUGUAUCGCUCAUAGUCGUUGUAUCGAAGCCCGUACGCGUUGCGUUGCUCGUUUGUGGUAAGGGUGGUGUCGGCAAGACUACGACGUCUUGUUCACUCGCAAUCCAGCUUGCAACAUGUCGAGAAUCAGUGCUUCUAAUUUCUACUGAUCCGGCACACAACCUGUCCGAUGCGUUUGGUCAAAAGUUCUCCAAAGAAGCGACCAAGGUGAACGGGUUCGACAACCUAUUCGCGAUGGAAAUCGACCCGACAAGUGCUAUCCAGGAGAUGGUCGAGCAAUCGGAUUCAAAUGGAAUGAUGGGGAGCAUGAUGCAGGACCUGGCGUUCGCCAUCCCGGGUGUAGACGAGGCAAUGAGUUUUGCGGAGAUCAUGAAACACGUAAAGUCAAUGGAAUACUCCGUGAUUGUUUUCGACACUGCACCAACGGGUCACACCUUGCGCUUCCUGUCCUUCCCUACCGUACUCGAGAAAGCCCUCGGCAAGCUUAGCGCACUCAGCGGCCGGAUUGGGCCCAUGAUCAACCAGAUGACGAGUCUGAUGGGAGGGCAGGCUGACGCACCAGAGGACAUGUUCGCCAAGCUCGAAUCAAUGCGUGCGGUCAUCACGGAAGUGAACACGCAGUUCAAAGACCCGGAAAAGACGACAUUCGUGUGCGUUUGCAUCUCCGAGUUCCUCUCGCUCUACGAGACGGAGCGCCUCGUGCAGGAGCUGACGGCGUACGAGAUCGACACACACAACAUUGUCGUGAACCAGCUGCUUUUCCCCAAGGAGCACUCGAACUGCGACCACUGCCGCGUGCGGCAUAACAUGCAGCAGAAAUACCUGAACGAGGCGCACGAGCUCUACGACGAGUUUUUCCACAUCGUGCAGCUACCGCUCCUCACUGAGGAGGUGCGCGGCCCGCAGAAGCUGACCGAGUUCAGCAAGAUGCUCGUGCAGCCUCACGUUCCCGAUCUCGAUUGA